GACCUGCACGCCUUUUCCCAGAAAACGUUCACCACGGAACAGUGGGAGAAACAAAAGAAGAACUACGAGUAAUUCAAAAUGCCGCAAAAAUUUAACCACACAGUCAAAGUUUCAGCACCUGGGAAGGUAAUCUUGCAUGGGGAACAUUCCGUAGUUUAUGGAAAGUUGGCUAUCGCUGCCAGUCUGGGCCUUAGGACAACACUGAAUCUUAACGAAACCAAGACGGAUAAUUUGCAUUUGCACUUUGAUAAUUUAAAGCUGAAGCUUCAUAUUCCAAUUAAGAAAAUUAAAGCAUUAUUUGAUGUAGAAGGAAUACCUUUGGUAUCCAGUUACAACUUUUCGAAACCAGAGUGCAUCAAUCAAGAUGUAUUACUGGAAAAGAUAAAUCUGCUAUUGAAAGAACUUUUACCCCAAGAAGAGUCCAAUGUUAAACUGGCAGUGUCAACGUUUCUCUUCCUUGUAUGUGGAAUGUUGAUACCAUCAAAAGUGAGUCUGCAGUCGAUGGAAGUAUCAAUAAAUUCCGAUCUGCAUCUUAACUCUGGUAUGGGAAGUUCCGCUUCCUUCGGUGUCACGAUUGUUGGUUCUCUCAUGCAAUACCUUAAACUUAAACUGAAAACUGCCAAAGAGCAAUCAGACUCGUACGAUUUUCUAAGAUGCUGCGAAACUGGGACUUUCAGUGAUGAUGAGCUGCGAUGUAUUUCUAUGUGGGCUUUUCACGCGGAGAAGAUAAUACACGGCAAUCCAUCGGGAAUCGAUAACUCGACGUGCACCUACGGAUCAGUGGUAGAAUUCCGUAAAGGCGAGGAGCCGAAGCCGCUGAGAUUAGGAAAACAGCUCAAAGCUAUGCUCAUCGAUACCAAAGUCCCGAAGAACACCAAAGCUUUGGUUCAGAAAGUGCUGGACACAAAACUGCGGUUCCCAACGAUAAUCGAAAAUACUCUUGAUUCUAUGGAAGUUAUAUCCAACUUAGCAGUGAAGACUCUGAAGGCGAUGGACGGGAAGAACGACAAACAAUUUCAUAUUCUUGGGGAAUUGGCUGAUAUGAAUCAAAACAUGCUGAGGAUAUUGGGAGUGUCGCAUGAUAGUAUCGAUGAGAUUUGCAUGGUGUUAAGUAACUUCGGUUUACAUGGAAAGUUGACGGGCGCUGGCGGUGGCGGUUUUGUGCUCGCAAUUGUUCCGUACUCCAUAGAAGCCGCGGUUAUUCAAAAAGUACAAGAUUUGUUGCAGGCCAAAAACUACGACUCUUGGAUACUCGACUUAGGUGGUCCAGGUGUUAUGAUUCAUUAGACUUGUGUUUGGUUAAAUAAAAUAAAUUAAUAAAAA